AUGCAAGAUUACGAACACACAGAAUCAACGUCAGAACUUGACCGUUUUCCACGAGAAGAAUUUUCUUUUUUACCUCAAGUCGUGCAAAUCCUUGAUAAAGUUUCUUCCGGCAAGAAUGAAAUUGAAAUUAGAAAUAUGACAAAAAAGCUAAAAGAAAAGUUCCAACGAUGUCAUCAAAUAUUACAAGAAUUACCUGGUGCUGACUUAUCACGGGAAGAACAAGAAGAAUUAUUACGAACUGAGAAAGAAUCACUUGAACAAAAAAGGGCUGCACGAAGAAAAUAUUCAGAGUUGCCAAUUAUGCAAUUUAAAUAA